AUGCCCGUAACAGCAUUAACUAACAGAAAAACAGUGGAAGAUUACCCGGGAAUGCCCAUAUACCAGAAAGAGUCCGACUCAGGAAAAGAGGAACUCAUAAGCCAAUGGUCUCGGAUACCCACCUACAGGGCCAGCACCGGGCUGCGUGGCUUUGUGAACAUGGGGGCAACCUGUUUCAUGAGCUCUAUAUUGCAAACCAUGGUGCACAAUCCGUUUAUCAGAGACUACUACAUGAGCGGCGAACACUUUGAUUGCGACAAGGAGCUUGGAGAGUGCAUUGCGUGCUGUGUAGGGGAGAUUUUCAGCGAGUUUUACACUUCCAAUAAGACAAAUGGCUAUGGGCCAACCGCCUUACUGACUGCUGCAUGGAAAGUCAAAAGGUCGCUGGCUGGGUAUUCAGAACAAGAUGCUCAUGAAUUCUGGCAAUUCACACUGGAUGAGCUCCACAAAGCACAUGUUGCAAUGAACGAGGACAAGAUAGAGCUUUCAAAAAGACAGAAGAAGAACAGCUCGCCCCAUGCAAUGCUACUUGAUUGUUCAUGUGUAACCCAUAAGACAUUUGCGGGAGAGCUGCAGAGUUCAAUCAUGUGCACCAAAUGCUCAAGCUUGACAUUGACGGCAGACCCCAUGCUGGAUUUGUCUCUGGAGAUUUCCAAGAAAGAAGAUGACAACAACAAUCUCAUAUCAUGUCUUGAUAAGUUCACCAAUAUCGAGAGUCUUGACAUGAUGUACAAUUGUGAUACCUGUGGAAAGAGGACCCCAGCAACGAAGAAACUGACAAUCAAGAGACUCUCACCUGUUCUAGCAAUUCAGCUCAAAAGAUUCGAACAUUUUUCAGCAACCACAUCUAAGAUCGACACCCAUGUUAAGUUCCCGCUCAUGCUCGAUGUUGCCAAGUACACUCUGGACGGUUCUAAUAUUACUGGAGACAAAACUUACGAGCUGUUCGCCGUGGUGUGCCAUAUCGGCUCGGUCAACACCGGCCAUUAUAUCUGCUAUGUGAAGAGCAGAGAGGGCAAAUGGUUCAAGUUUGACGAUGCGGUUGUAACGCUGGUUCCGUCCGAGGAAGUGCUCAAAGUGAGAGCCUAUCUGCUGUAUUACAUCAUUCACAGGCUUCCUUGA